GGAGCAUGCGCAGUACCGUCUACGAAGAUGCUGAAGUGGGCAUAUCCCUCAGGAGUGGAGAAGAGGACGAAAAAGAGGUCAAACAGGCAAACAAACAAGCUCAAGAAGGAGCAAUACUCAAAUAUUUUGGUGGUGGUGGAACUAGAGAGGACAAACGCACUGCAGCUGGAGAUGACAAUACUCCAACUCCUGGUUCAUCCACAGAGGACAGCUCUACAGAUCCUUCUGACCGGAAGUGUUCCUGAUGCUCCUGUUGACGGAACAGAGGCGUGAGAGCGCAGCAGCAGCAGCCAGAGCCCACACAGACGGAAGGUUGAACAUCGGAUUCUCUUCAUACAAACAGUCAGGAUAUGUCUGUAAGGAUGGAAAUGGAUAUCAGUGGAGUGUCAAGGACACACGUCUCCAUUCUUCCUGCAGCUGAAAUCAAAGCCACAUUGAAACCAGAAGCAGAGAGACCUCGCUGUGCCAGCACCCCAUGUUCACCCAUCAGAGGUACUGUUGCAGGAUACCAGAUCCUCCACAUGGACUCAAACUAUCUGGUAGGCUUCACCACUGGUGAGGAGCUGCUCAAGCUGGCCCACAAGUGGUCAGAGGGCACUCCAGAGAAGGGCUCUGUAUCAGAGGCCGUGUCCAGCUCCAUCCAGAGCACUGUCCCAAAGUCUGUGGACUUGGGUAUCCACCGCUCUUCACGAAUCUGCAAAGGCAAAAGUCGCUACUACCAACCCUACGACAUUCCUGCUGCCAAUGGGCGAAGACGGAGGCGUAUGCCCAGCUCUAGCGACACGUUCCUUAGGUCCCUGGCCAACGGGGAGCCUGGUAGGGGUCUACAUGCUCCACUCCCUCUCUGUCUGCUUAAAGGGAAGAGGGCUCAGUCCAAGUCUCUGGACUACCUUAAUCUGGACAAAAUAAGCAUUAAAGAGUCAUCAGACACUGAAGUGUUACAGUACCAACUGCAGCACCUCACCCUGCGAGGGGAGCGCAUGUUUACCAGGAACAAGACAUGAAAGCACAGUGGAAGGCUGUUUUUUUUUUAGGCGUCUUUCACCCUUUUGGGGAUUUAGGUGCUAUUUCCAGCUUGGGUUCUUUCUACUCAGAUUACAAACUGUUCUCUCAGAGGGCAGUCUGAUAAUCUUGUUAUAUUAUUAACUGGGGGGUUUACCUUGUACUGUAAUGUUGUGAAGAAAAUCCUCCAAUCACUCCUCACAUUGUAACGAGGUUGUUGAGAUUUAAAAUGUGAAUUAUAUAAAUUUAGCAAUAACUAGUGAACCUAUUUAUUGACAGUGUUGUGUGUUUGUACUGGUCAGAGACACACUAAUAUAUCAGUUUACAGCUGAUGAAAGCACAUAUCCCAUACUGUAUCAGCUUUAAAAUGCACCAUCGCUAUCGGUCCAAUAAGAGUUUUCUGUGAGGAGUCGUGUUAGUGGAAGUUUUGUGAUUUUUUUCUCCAGAUUAUGACACUACAUACAACUGUCAAAUUAGCAAGAUAAUACAUUGACUACAUUGCUAAUUUAUUGAUUUAUUGCUGUCGGAAAAUAUCAUUGUGUUUUUAACUUCUUAUUUACCAGGAGAAAGAUGUGUGUAAAAAAAAAAAAACCUCAGUGAUACUCAUCUGUUAAAGUAAAGGUAAAGCUGUGUUAAUUAAAGUCCAUCUUAAUACAGCACUACCAGGACAUAUGUACAUUUAAAGAGUUAUUGUUUGUUCUAAUCAUUUCCUCUUUCCAUACUUAUGGUAAAGUGAUCCCUCCCUCUUUUAUAAUACAUUAAAUUUUCUUGGCAUGACAUACAAUGUCUGCUAGUCAGACAACCAGGGACUUUUCAAUUACAUUAUCAACUCCCCAGACCACUUGUCACCAGGAGACCCCAAAAGCAGUGGCAUGGUGUGACUUUUCCUCUAGGUUACAGCUCUAUGGGUAGCUCUGUGUAUUUUGGAUGUUUUUAUGGCAGCAUAUGCCAGCAAUAGCCGUGGCUGGAGGCGUCAUGUUUAUGAGUUUUCUGUCCAUACAUCUGUAUGUCCGUAUGUUUUAAUUUUAUUGUUUUUAACUCAUGUUUAGCCAUUCUAUGUCCGUCCCAUUCUCCUGAACACUUUCAGGGAAUUUCUUCAAAUUUGUCACAAACGUCCACUUGGACUUAAUGAUGAACUGAUUACAAUUUGAUGGUCAUAGGUCAAAAGUUACAGUGACCUCAUCAGUUUCAUUCUUGUGAAUGCAAUAUCGCAAGAAUACCUUGAGGGAAAUUCUUCAAAUUUGGCACAAACGUCCAUUUAAACUUUAGGAUGAACUGAUUAGAUUUUGGUUAUCAAAAGUCAAGACCACUGUGCCUUUGUCUCUGUCUCAUUCUUGUGAAUGCGGUAUCUCAAGAAGGCCCUCAGGGAGUCUCCUCAAAUUUGGCACAAGCAUCCACUUGGAAUUAAGGAUGUACUGAUUAGAAUUUGGUGGUUGAAGGUCAAAGGUCAAGAUCACUGUAGCCUCACAAAACAUGUUUUCAGUCAUAACUUAAGAAUUCAUGUGCUAAUUAUGACAAAAUUUAAAACAAAUGUCUAAUAGUAUAAAAUGGUGAAGUGAUGACAUUUAAUAUGCAAAAGGUCAAAGGUCAAUUUCACUCUGACAUCAUAAUGUUAAGCAAAAAUACUUCUGGCCAUUAUUGAACGUCAUACCUAAGGUACAGAAAGGGUGACAAAUGUUCAGACACUUUAUCAGUGACACACAUCUUAAAAAUGUGCUGAUUGUAUAGAGCUUCUGUGCUGUCAGUUUGAAGAUGUGUGUGAAGCAUCCCUAAUUUACAAUAUGUGGCUUCCAUGCACUAUCAUUCAUAUUUCAACUGUCAUAGCUGCAUAUGAGUCCGGAUGUUUGCGGAGGCUUAUGACUGCAAGGCAGUAAUUCUAGUUGUAUUUUGAAAGAUAAGUAUUUUAAAAGUAUUUCUCAUGUCACAGAAACCACUGAGAGGGAAAUUUGUUUUUUGGAUGUUGUUAUACUGUCUGUGAUGUGAUGGUGUUUUUUGUUCAGUACUCUGUACAGACCUGAAACCUACCUGCCUGUUCUCAUUCCCACCUCUCUGAAGCUCUAAUAAUAACCUUAUAUUUUUAGGUUCAUAAAAUGUACCCAGAUUCACAAAUAUAUGUUGGAUAUUUCUACAGAUAUUUCUGUAAUCUUAAAUCGCCUUGCUGUGGGCUGUUCUGACCGGCCAGAAGCCGGUGGUUGACCAGCCUGGUCAAGUAGCAGGUUGGUACAAAAACAUAUUUUUUAGCCAAAAAAGAAUUUUAAUGUUGAAGAAAAUUAAAGGAAAAUGUCCGGACAAUAACAAACCAGGCCAAAAUAUUAUCAACCCACCCAGGCUAAUUUUAACAGACAUAAUCCAUCCUAAGCCACUGAGUUGGGUGAAAGACAAGUCUUGGGUGUAAUAUUUUACACCUCAGAUCCCAUUAUUUUCGGCAUGUGUUGUCAACCAACAAAAAAACACCUGGAAAAGCUGAACAUAUUACACAUAUACCGCCACUGGGCUGAGAAAAGUGCACCCUUUAGCAGACAGCACUUUUUAUUAGUCAUUACAUGAUUCUGUAAUCAUGUUAGGAAUUCUGUGAGAGUGACAACUUAAAUAUUUUACACAUACAACACAAUGAGUUGGAUCAGGAGUAAAAGUGGGUCAUCCACUAACCAGAAGAUCAGGGUUUGAUCCCUGGCUCCUCUAGUCCAGGAAAGGCAGGACCCCGGCACCCUUAAUGGACCCCACGCCACUGCCUAAACCAAUCCCUUCCUAACAUGACUACUCUGUAAAAGAUGGGGGAGAGAAAUUAUUUUCCAAUUUGUCAUUUUGGCUUUAGGACUGUUGAAUUUCAUCUCUUAAAGUUAGUGGCACAACAGGGAUCACUUCAUUGCUCGUAUGGACAGGACAAUACCUCUGUCAGUGUACGUAUGAUGCCAUAUUUGUAUUGUAUUAAGAUUUGACUUGAAAAAAUCCUCACUAUCAAAGAGUAAACUUCUCAAGUUUAAAAGGUGGAUGUUGUAAGUGGAUCCUUUACAGAGAAAAGCAACUUUAAUCAUUGUUGGUAACAGAAGGGACCAGUUUACAUGGUGGAAGUUAAGAAAACAUCUGUGAAAACUUUUAAAAGUACUCCCACAGUAUCAUCCACCACAGAUGGAGAGUGAGAGUUCCUCUGCAGAACCCAGACUGAUAGAAGAAUAUAAGUUGAGUAUCACUUCAGUCUUUUUUGCAUCUGUUUAUUGAUUAUUGUUGGCAAACAUGGUUGGGAAUAUGUUGCCUUUAGAACACCAUUUUGGUGCAUUUUUAGUUUUGUACAUUGGUUAUAGGCACACAAAACUGUAUUUUUGAGGUGUGUCUUUUUAAUGAGUGUGUAUGUUCCCCCUACAGCUGGUUAUGGAUGUGUUCCCAAUGCCUCUAUUGCAGAAAAAUUGUUUUCUGCAGCUGAUUGCACUGUUGGAUAUCUACGACAGACUGCCUCUGGAAACGUCAGUGCACCUUGAUAACAUCACCUCCAUGGCACCAAUUAGGCAUUCACACUAAACACUGCAAUAUUGUACAUAAGCAAGCCAUGUGAACUCUUACAGUCUUACAGUGGAAAAACCUGUACCCCCCUUGAGUUUUUGCACCAUUUAUUGAGCAUUUCAAAGGAAAUUGUGAUUUCUUUGUGUUUUCUAUUUAUGAAAGCAACAGAGAAUUAUAUUUCUUUUAUGAACAUGUAACAUGAAUAUUCUGUGUUGAUUAUUUUAAUGUGAUAAUUGCUUCUUUUUUUUUUUCAAUUAUUCUGUUGUAGAAAAUGAACCAAUGAACCAAUCUGAGUAAAUGGGUGCAGUCUACUCUGGGCCUAUUCAUACCAGUGUUCCCAUGUUAGAUCCAUAUGAGGAGUGUCAGUGUGCAUUGUGAUCUGUCACAGUGUUUUCUUUUUAUGCUACCUAGGGGUCAGAAAUGUUCAGUACACAUAAGGACUAAAAACAAGCUACAUUUAAGACAGAACUAGGGGUGUUGGUGGCUUAGUGGUAGCGCAGGUGCCCCAUGUACAAGGCUGUUGCCGCAGAGGCCUGGGUUCGAAUCCAGCCUGUGGCCCUUUGCUGCAUGUCAUCCCCCCUUCUCUCUCUCUCCCCCUUCACACUUACCUGUCCUGUCCAUUAAAGGCAAAAUGCCCAAAAAAAUAUCUUAAAAAAAAACUAUAAUGUUGACAUUUUUAAUUUUGCAUAUAUACAUUUUCGGAAAAUCUUUGGCUAAAACACACAUAAAUAUGAGACCUCAUAAUGUUGAGUACUGAAGCUUUCGCUCGCUUCCUGCAGCUUGGCCUCCCCGCUGAAAUUCCACUGUUUUAUGAUUAAGAUUUGUGAUUGAAGAUGUCUGUGUGUUUUGUGCCAGGUUGCAGUCACUCCAAGCUGCUGGAAGCGAGCGAAAGCUAUGACGUCACAUACGCGACCGCCUCCUGUGUAGUCUUUCUAAUUACGUUUUUUCAAAAGCUUAUAUCUCAACAGUUUUACCACAAAGUAUGACUUUCUUGACCUUAAAAUUUAUGUUUUAAAUUGAUUAACAACAUAUUUGGAUUUCAUGUCAUAACUCAAACGGGAACAAAAGAUAAUAUUUCUCUCCUCAUUGACUGCCAUUCAUAUAUUUUCCGAUCUAAAGUCCCAUGAGCUUCACCGGAAGGGGCGUGACUUCGGCACUCUAUCUGUUGAUUAUUUCUUCGUCUAGUAGACCAAGCGUUUUAUCGAAAAAUGGGUUAAAAUGUUGAAAAAUGUAGGCCUGUCCCUCCCAAACCCCAAAAUGAUGUCAUCUAAUGUUUUGUUUCGUACUCACGCAAAAGGGUUUUAGUUCACCAUCAUGGGAGAGUGUGUAAAGCUGCCAAUAUCUGAAAGUAAAAAGCUGCAAUAAGAGUAUUUUGGGGUACUUUUAUAAUACUUUUCUAUGAAAAAUGACUCAAACAGAUUAGUCGACUACUAAAAUAGUCACCAAUUAUUUUAAUAGUCAAUUAGUCAUCAAAUAGUCGACUAAUCGUUGCAGCCCUAGUCUCCGUCUGCUGGCGGGUCCUCAUGAUAAGAGCAUGUAUGUAUAAUAUGAUGUUAAUUCCUCUACAGAAGAGAUUUUAUGAUCACUGAAAUAUACCACUGUCAUUAUUGGUUAUCAGCCAAAUAAUUUGUUAUAUAUCAGCAUACCUGAUAUCAGCAAAAAAUCCAAUAUCAUGCUUCCCUAUAAAAUACUGUACAUGAAACACUGUAUUUUCAUCACAUUUUCAACAGAUUUGAUUUUGACGGGCCACAAUUAAAGUGUCAUUCUACAAUGUGGGCCUUUUGUACAUGAUGGGUGGAAAUAUUCUUUUGCUUUAUUUGUUGAGCUCACUUUAUUUAUUUUAGUUAUUUUCUUAGCUGAGAGGCUAAUUGAUAAGGUGAGAGUACGAUUUUCUAUUUGUGUAUCUGCAUCAUGGGGCUGCACAGUAGAGUGCAGUAGUUAGCACUGUCACCUCACAGCAAGAGGGUUUUGGGUUCUCCCCAUGGCAGCGUUGGCUUCCUCCCACAGCCCAGAAACAUGCAGGUUGAGUUAAUCGGUGACUCUAAAUUUCCUGUAGGUGUAAAUGUGAGCGUGAAUGGCUGUCUGUUUCCAUUGGUCGGCCCUGUGAUAGUCUGAUGACAUAUUCAGGGUGUACCCCAUCUCUCGUCCAAUGACAGCUGGGAUAGGCUCCAGCUCUCUGUGACCCUUAACAAGAUAAAUGGUCACGGAUAAUGAAUAAGUGAAUGAAUAGCAUGAGUGUAGCUGUCCUUUAAUGCUGUUGUAUUGGGAACUGCUAUAAAGGCUGCUGUUGUUAAUUAUGUAAAUUAGCAUCAAUGUCAUGUUACUUAUGAUGAUGAUCAUAUCACAGAUAUGAGAAGUAAAAAUUAGGAGUUGACUUAAGCUGAAUGCUACUGUCUGAGACAUUUCUUGGUACCAAAUAGGUGUAAAUAAAGCCACAUGUAAACAGGCUAUUGUGGGGUAGGGAUUUUGCAUAUCACAUACAAAUAAUGGAAAUGUUCAACAGCUACUAACAAUAAAACCAAUAGUGGCUAAAAGUAGCUACUACUGCCAAACAAAUGAUUUUAUUCUCUGACAUUUGAAAACUUUGUUCUCAAACUCAAGGGGUGUGCAAACCAUUCCACUGUGAACUGUAUGUAAAGUCACUCUUAUGCACUUCUAUUGAUUCCUUAAGCCAAAUGGAAAAUGUACACUUGAUGUUAACCAAUGACUGUUAGAUGAUUAAAGCUUAUUUCAAACAGAUUUCUGAGACGAUCAGAA